GAAGCCUACCUGUCAGAGACAGACAUCCUCUUGUCUUAGUCUGAUUUGAUUUAGGGGUUUCUGCGGCGUCUAAUUGCAACGUAGUUCGUAGUUGUCCAAUACCUGCCAGGCGGUACCAAUUACAGUAAACCUGUGAUCGCCGUGAUAUAAUGAUCCAUUGCAUCAGCGCUCGGCUGUUGCGUCCUCAAAGCAGCACUGACGUAAGCGUCAGCUCUGCCCCUGAUCUAAGCAACACUGGCCGACUGUCGGGUGUUGGUCAGGCGCGCCAGUUAUGUGAUUUAUUAGGGAGCCCAGUUCCAGUAGCACAUUGUUCCUGGCUGCAUUUGCAUGCUUUGACACUAGGAGUUGAGCUGAAGAACUAAUAGCGGCGCAGCAUUCAUCGGCCCGAGUAUAGUGUUGCUAAGUUACGCUUAGGCGGGCACAGGGAUCAGUAAUCGAAGUUUCAUUGUGGUUGUAUAAUUGUAUAGUGGCUAGUAUGUUGACGUGCCGGGUCGUGUUGUUAGUGUGAAGUGUUGUGAAUCGACAUCAAAGGUGAGAAGUGUAAAAAAAGUUCUAACCAAUGAUUAGUGUACGUUCUGUCUGAAGUUCUGCGUCAGACACGUGCAGUUCGUCAGUGACGAACUGACAACGCUGCAAUGAGUCGGGGUCAGGAGGUCACCGGUUCAUGUCUUAGCAGCCUUCAAUCAAGAAUAAGAACAACAAAAAUUAGUUGCCAGGGAGAGGGACUGUCGGCCACAAGUCAUCGCGUAAACAAGUCAAGGCCGUGCGCUGCUGUAAAUAACAACCGGAUGCAGCUGUACCACUUGCUGGCAGGACUCAUGGUUGUGAUAAGAGCCCAGUCCAGAUGUCUCACUGACACACCAGAAGUGAACCCAAAGCGGUAUUUUUACUCUGAUGGGCAGAUGCUGGACUUAAGGCUGGAGGUGUCAGGACGGGUCACACACCGCCUGGCCACUGCAGUCUUCAAACUCUUCCUGCAGGAAGUGCUCGGAUAUUCUUCUGUUACCAUAGUGGAGGAGGAUGACCACUUCAAUAUCACCCACAUAGUGCAGCGACUGAGUGGGCCACUCACCAGCCUGACGGUUCCUUCAUCAAUGGUGAACCUGGAAGUGUGGAUUGCCCCUGACACCAACCUCAUUGAGUUCACAAAUGCAUAUCAAGUAAAGGACUGUGGAGCGGUGGCUCCUGCAGGCAGGUUUGGGUGGUUUGUGCCAUUGCCAUUGGCAUAUCUGGUACCAGGCAUGGACCACUGGCGCAUAUUUGCAGAUGAGAGCACUGCGAGCUUGUUCAGCAUGAGUGACAGGGACUUCAAUUAUGUACAGUCAUUUGCAAGGCUCAGUGCUACAGAUAACAGGUUCUACUGCGAGGAAAGUUUCUGCACCACAGGCAUAUUCACACCCACCCACUGCAACACUUCUUGUGCAGUCCUGCUGGCAGGCCAUCCUGAUGAGACAGGCUUUGUGGUGCAGCACAUUCUGGAGAUGAAACUGUUUGUGCGGGUCAUAUGGGUAGGUCCUAACCUGAAGUGGCUUCCUGACACUCUGACAGCCAGCUACCUGAAUGAGAAGACAAAUCAUUCUCUUGUUCUUCUCAGUCACAUGCCAAGCCCCAUCACAAUGUGGGACAACAGCAAGUUCAUGAGUGUUGCUUUUCCUCCAUGUGAGACUUUGCAGACUUCUCAGAAUGUCGGCUGCAAGUAUGAGCUCCAUCGUCUUGUGAAACUGGUGUGGUCACGGCUAGAGGUGGGAGCCAAACCCGCGUAUGAGGCUGUCCAAAAGAUGUCCUUCUCACGUGAUAAUUAUUUAGACUUGCUGGCACGGUACAGUCAGCAGCCUGGUGCUGUGGAAAAGAUUGCUUGUGAAUGGCUAGUAGAAAACAAAGUAAGUUGGAAACCAUGGAUUCCAACAAGUGAUGAGAAGAAUGUGAUAUACAUUGGAGGGAUAUUCCCCAUCAGUGUUUCCACCUAUACUGCCAAGGGAAUAGUGAGAGCUGCUGAAAUGGCACUGGAGGCUGUGAAUGCAAAUGACACUAUUCUACGGGACUACAACCUGAAAAUGAAGGUGAACAAUGGAGAAUGUAAAGCAGAGGCUGUUAUGAACACAUUCAUCUACUAUGUGUUGUUCAGUGUGUACAAGAAGCUGGUGGGCAUUUUGGGUCCAGCAUGUUCUGACACAGUGGAGCCUCUGGCUGGGGUCACAAAGCACUUCCGCACAGUGGUAAUCAGCUAUAGUGCUGAGGGAUCAACCUUCUCUGACCGCAGCAAGUACCCUUACUUCUUUAGGACAAUUGGAGAGAAUACACAGUACAAGUUUGUGUACUUACAACUGUUCCAGAAACUAGGCUGGGAGCAGGUGGCAGCCCUGACAGAGGAUGGACAUAAGUACACAGAAUACAUAUCACAUACGCAGGACCUUUUGCAGGCUAAUGGCAUCACAUUUGUAGUUAAUAGGAAGUUUCCCCGUGACAGGGAAAAGGCUAGCAUGUCAAAGUACCUGCAGGAGCUGAAGAACAAAAAAGUACAUAUCAUCAUAGGGGACAUGUUUGAUGUGGCGGUGCGGGACGUCAUGUGCCAAGCAUACAACUUGAAGAUGACAGCUCAAGAGGGCUAUGUGUGGUUUCUGCCUCAGUGGCUGGCACCUAAUUGGUAUGACACUGACUACUACAAUGCACACCACUUGGAGAAUGUGAUGUGCAGUACAACUCAGAUGAUAGACGCAAUCAAUGGGCACUUGUCUCUGGCUCAUGCAUAUUUUGCUUCUGACUCAGAGCUCAUGCAGGAGAAUAUAACUGUAAGGCAGUGGAGACAGAAGUACAAGUCAGUGUGCAGGGCACGUAAUGUGAGUGAAUCUAACUAUGCAGGCUUCACAUAUGAUGCAGUGUGGACCUACGCAUUGGCCCUCAAUAACCUUGUGAAGGAGAACCAGUCCCUCCUGGCAGACAUCCACUCCAGUGUUUCCACUCAACGAUUUGUAGAAAUGCUGGAAGCCACUGAUUUUCAUGGAGUGUCUGGACGAAUCAAGUUCCGAGGUGCUUCACGAGUCUCUGACAUCAAUGUUUUGCAAUGGCUGAACAAUAGGACCCAAGUUGUGGGCUCCUUCCAUCCAAAUUUCUCAGUUCUGCAUCAGGAGUUAUCUGGUGGCAGGUUGGAGUUGAACCUCUCAACCAUUGUUUGGCUGACAGCAGAUGGGCGCAAACCCACUGAUGGUAAGGAAUUGCCACCUCGAUGUCUUCUUGAAGGUUUGGCAAUACUCUUGGAUAUCACCUGUGAUUUGGCGUUCGUUGCUGUGAAUAUUAUUGGUUUUGGACUACUGGGAAUUGUUCUCAUCAUUGCUUUCCUUGUGGUCAAGAGGAGAUAUGACAAGAAAGUGCAGCAGACACAGAACUACAUGAUGUCACUUGGUAUUGACCUGUUGGCUGCACAAAAUAUGAGCAGCCUUGACAAGUGGGAGAUCUCUCGUGACCGAGUUGUGAUCAACCGCAAACUAGGGGAGGGAGCAUUUGGCAUGGUGUAUGGAGGGGAGGCCCUCUUUGAAGACAAAGGCUGGGUGGCUGUAGCAGUGAAGACGUUGAAGGUUGGCUCCACAAUGGAGGAGAAGCUGGAUUUCCUGAGCGAGGCAGAGGUCAUGAAGAGGUUUGAACAUAAGAACAUUGUCAAAUUGCUGGGGGUGUGCACCAAGAAUGAGCCUGUCUAUACCAUCAUGGAGUUCAUGUUGUAUGGUGACCUGAAAACGUUCCUACUUGCACGUCGGCACCUUGUCAACGAGAGGAUCUCCGAGGAAUCUGAGGAGAUAUCAAGCAAGAAAUUAACAAUGAUGGCCAUGGAUGUUGCACGGGCCCUCAGUUACCUUGCUGAGCUCAAAUAUGUGCACAGGGAUGUGGCAUCCAGAAAUUGUCUGGUCAAUGCAUCCAGGAUUGUGAAGCUUGGUGACUUUGGCUUGACACGCCCAAUGUAUGAGAGUGACUACUACAAGUUUAAUAGGAAAGGAAUGCUGCCAGUGCGGUGGAUGGCACCAGAGAGCCUGGAAUUGGGCGUGUUUUCACCAAGUUCAGAUGUCUGGUCAUAUGGUGUUCUCCUGUAUGAGAUUAUCACGUUUGGGAGCUUCCCAUUCCAAGGAAUGAGCAACAGUCAGGUGCUUGAGCAUGUCAAGAAUGGAAACACACUCCCCAUUCCAGCAGGAGUCAAGCCUCAGCUGGAAGGUCUGAUUCGAUCUUGCUGGAAUUUUGAUCACAAACGGCGUCCCCAAGUGUCUGAAAUUGUUGAAUUUGUUGCCAAUAAUCCACGGCUCAUCUCACCAUGCCUGGAUGUGCCUCUGGCGUCUGUCCAGAUGGAUGAUUACGCAGAACAGCUAGAGAUGGGGUUGCCAAACAUUACAUUCAGAAAAUGUUCUGUCCCCAUGAAGUUCAUGUCACAGACUGAUGCAGCCGCCUGUGCUUAUGUGAGAGAACCUCUCCUAUUGUCCACACAUUCCUUGUCAUCAACAGAAUUUGGCAAGUACAUGGAGUUGAACAGUGAGGUUGAGCCUGGUGGCAUGCAGCCAGUGAGCAUACUGUGACCCAGUGCCAGUCAUGACUUACUUAUACAGAUGUUAUGGUGCAGUACUGUUACCAGCGUUUAUUCUUAAGGCAAAAAAAAAAAUACAUUAAUUGUAAUAUGGUUGUGUCAUGUUGAUAUCAGUUGUUUAUGUUUCUUACAUUUUUGAACAAAUGAAGUGUACAAUUUUUAUAAUGAGAAGGCACUAGUCAGUGGUGUUCCUUACAUUUUAGCUUGACAUUGAAACGUUUUACUGGGGUUUCACCAGCAUACCAUAGUAUAGAGAAUUCCUGAAUAGAAGGCAUGGCAGGAGCAUCCUAUCAGAGAUUGCUGCAUGUUGUAGCUACAUAGCAAUGUGCUGCCAACCUAAUUACAGUGUUAUCAAUACCAGUUGCAGCAAUAAGAUACUAUCUUUAAAAUAUCCUACAUAAUUUAUUUAGUUGUAAUGUAUAAUUUUUAUCUGUACUUCUGCAGAUCAGUGAUGAGAAUAACGCUCCUAUACGUGCAGAAAAAUACGUGUAUGUUUGUAAGAGUGAGACUGUCAUAAAUAGAUGAUAUUUCAUGUAAUCUCUUAAUACAAAUUAGAGGCCUUCUGUUGGUCCACUUA